AUGUCUCUCUGUCACCUCUUCCGUCGUUCCCCCCUUUUGCACCGCCUCCGUGCGGCCGCCACCACCACAAGCCGAAGCCCUAUUCCGAUCUCUCACAUCCAGCAACGCUUCUACAACAUCUCAAUUUCCCCGGAUAAUCCGGAGACGAACACUGACAAUAAAGAUUCUGAGACGUGCCCAGACCCUAAAUCAUUUCCAGCCAAUGAUACUUCCCAAUUCCAGAUUCCUCCGAAUCAUUCACCUCCAAUUUCCUAUCCACCGAUCCCGCAGCGAACCAUGGCUUUCUCAUCAGCUGAGGAAGCCGCGGCCGAGCGUCGCCGUCGCAAACGCCGGCUCCGGAUCGAGCCUCCUCUCCACGCUCUCCGAAGAGAUCCCUCAGCUCCUCCUCCGAAACGCGAUCCCAACGCGCCACGGCUUCCGGAUUCAACGUCUUCACUCGUCGGCCCACGGCUUAACCUGCACAACAGAGUUCAGUCACUGAUCAGAGCAUCGGAUCUCGACGCAGCGUCACGGCUCGCUCGCCAGUCUGUGUUUUCCAAUACUCGACCCACCGUGUUCACCUGCAACGCCAUCAUCGCCGCCAUGUACCGAGCCAAGCGUUACAGUGAAUCGAUUUCUCUCUUCGAAUAUUUCUUCAAGCAGUCUAACAUCGUCCCCAAUGUCGUCUCCUACAAUCAGAUCAUCAACGCCCAUUGUGACGAAGGGCAUGUAGACGAAGCCCUUGAAGUGUACCGCCACAUAUUGGCAAAUGCUCCUUUUGCUCCAUCCUCGGUUACUUACAGACAUUUGACAAAAGGUUUGGUUCAAGCUGGAAGGAUCAAAGAUGCUGCGAGUUUAUUGAGGGAGAUGUUGAGCAAAGGCCAAGCUGCGGAUUCCAUGGUGUACAACAAUCUGAUAAAAGGGUACUUGGACCUUGGCGAUUUAGAUAAGGCCAACGAGUUCUUCGAUGAGUUGAAAACCAAGUGUACGGUUUAUGAUGGGAUUGUGAAUGCGACCUUUAUGGAGUACUGGUUCGAGCAGGGUAAGGAUAAGGAAGCUAUGGAGUCGUACAGGUCUUUGUUAGAUAAGAAAUUCAGAAUGCAUCCGCCAACUGGAAAUGUACUUUUGCAAGUUUUUCUCAAGUAUGGUAAAAAGACUGAAGCUUGGGCUCUGUUCAAUGAGAUGUUGGAUAAUCACACCCCUCCUAACAUCCUUUCCGUGAAUUCGGAGACGAUUAGUAUAAUGGUAAAUGAAUGUUUCAAGAUGGGGCAGUUUACGGAAGCAAUUGAUACAUUCAAGAAAGUUGGGAGUAACCCGACCUCGAGGGCGUUUGUGAUGGAUUAUGUGGGUUACUGUAACAUAGUAACAAGAUUCUGUGAACAAGGGAUGUUACCAGAGGCUGAAAGGUUCUUUGCGGAAAGUAUAGCCAAAUCCUUGCCCCCUGAUGCUCCAAGCCACAGAGCAAUGAUUGAUGCUUAUCUCAAGGCAGAGAGAAUCGACGAUGCUCUCAAGAUGUUGAACAGGAUGGUUGAUGUGAAUCUAAGGGUGGUUGCUGAUUUCGGCACGAGGGUCUUUGGCGAGCUGAUUAAGAAUGGUAAGCUCACGGAAUCUGCAGAGGUUUUGACUAAGAUGGGAGAAAAGGAACCGAAACCAGACCCUUCGAUUUACGAUGUGGUGGUUAGAGGUCUUUGUGACGGUGGUGCACUUGACCAAGCCAAGGACACUAUCGGUGAGAUGGUUGGACAUGGUGUAGGGGUUGCUCCUGUGCUGCGGGAAUUCAUCAUCGAGACAUUUGAGAAAGCAGGGCGUCGUGAGGAGAUUGAGAAAAUCUUGAAUUCGGUUACCCGGCCGGUUAGAAACUCUGGGCCAUCGGGUAACACUUCACCUAGUGUAUCCGCAGUGUUAGGAACCGCAUUCGCAGCUCCUCAUAAGCCUAGAGAGAAGGCCCCAUGGGAGAGCCAUCCUAAUUCAGGUUGGGCCAAUGGAAGUGUAGGUCAAACAGCCGGAGGCACUUACAAAAAUAAUAACCAGAGUCCGUCUUGGUCCAACACUUCGGUGAACCAGCAGCAGCAAACAUGGUCUAAUCAGACGGCAGGGCAACAGGCACCAUCACGGUCGAAUCAGGCACCGGGAUAUCAACAGCAGCAGUCUUGGUCUCAGCAACAGGGGUGGUCAAGUCCUUCAGGUCAGCAGCAACCAUGGGAUAAUCAGACAACUGGCCAGCAGCAACCGUGGGCUAAUCGGAACAAUGGUCAACAGCAACCAUGGGCUAAUCAGAACAAUGGUCAUCAGCAACCGUGGGCUAACCAGCAGCGACCGUGGACUAAUCAGACUGCUGGCCAGCAGCAACCAUGGGCUAAUCAGACAACCACCCAGCAGCAACCGUGGGCGAAUCAGACAACCGGCCAGCAGCAACCAUGGGCUAAUCAGACAGCUGGUCAGCAGUCAGCGUGGACAGGGCAGCAGCAACAACAACCAUGGUCUAAUCAGACAGGUAGCCAUCAGCAGCCACAGUGGUCGAAUCCCGGGCCAGGACAGGUGGCUAAUCAGACGCCGUGGUCAAACUCUGUGGACGGUCAUCGUCCUCAACAACAGGAGCCAGUGUCCUCCCAUGGGUGGCAAGAUGAAGAAGAGACGAAGGUAGUUGAAUCGAGCAACUAG